GCCGGAUUCGCGGUGGUGUAUGAAUUAUAAUGAAUGUAUGUACAUGCACCGGACAUCGGUCCGGCGAACAAUUUACGCCGGAUGCACCACCCCUUCCCCUCGGCGCGACGGACACCGGUCCGGUGUAAGAAAUGGCGGUCAUCCACGCCAGUGUAUUGGUGCGUGUUGACGCUGCCGGACGUAUUGCCUGUUUUCUGUUAAUUGAGUGCCGUCUACCUGCGUUCUUUUAAAAAUGGGUAAUAUUGACAUGGAAUUGUUAAUAAGUUUGGUUGAAAAUAGGCCUGUACUGUGGGACAAAACCCAAGAGUGCUAUAAAAAUAGACAGUCGAGUUUUGCCGCUUGGAGAGAAAUUUGUCUUGCGUUAAAUGAAGGUUUUGAAACGAUGUCCGAGAAAGAAAAAAAUGAUUUUGGCAAAGAUAUCAUAAAAAAAUGGAACAAUGCAAGAGAUAACUGGAUGAAAUAUCACAAAAAAGUUAAGGAAUGUAAAUCCGGCUCUGGUGCAAAAAGUCUACGAAAAUAUAAAUUCUACGAUCAAAUGCUCUUUUUGUGUAAAAUUGUGACUCGCCGAACAACGGAAGCAAGUAUUACAUCAGAAAAAAACAUCACACAAUCUCACAACAAAGAAACUGACUCACAAACCAAUAAUGACCCUACCGCACCAGCCAAUACUACCGAUUUAACAAAAACAAGCAAGAAGAGAAAGACAGACUGUAGCGAAGUUGAUCGACAAAUGCUUACUUUAAUUAAAUCAGUUGAAGAUGAAGACAAGAGUAAGAGUAUGUGUUUUUUCAAAGGUAUUGCUCCGAUUGUAGACAAGUAUAGUGAUGACGAUUAUGUUGAAUUCCAAUAUGAAAUCAUUAAAGUUAUGAGAAAUUUAACUCGGAGAAAUCAAGCGUCCAUGCAGCAGCAAAAUUACAAUUACAAUAUUAAUCGAGGCUACACUACGGCUACACCCGACUACAGGAUACACGAAUAUCAACCAACACAACCCAUUCCAUCCACAUCCAGGAUGCCUCAAGAACUCAUGCAGCAAGAUGAUUCCCAAUCUUCAAUUAUUACUGAAUUAAGUUCAAUCACAUCGCCUGAUUACGAUUUCGAUUUUUCUAAAACUCCUUAAUUUAUUUUUUGAGUAUAAUAAAACAAUUACUACCUACUAAAUUUUGUUUUAAUUAAUACAGGUAAUCAAUCCCCUUUUCUAUAAUUUGAAAUUGAA